CCCAUAUAUAACAAAAAUUGCCGUGCAAGAUACAGUAUCGAUUCGACCCGCUCGUGUGAGCAGAGCACCGGCAAGUCGAGCUCCUCCGCCAUGGACGCCGGGUCCUCAUCCUCGCCGCCGCUGCGCAUUGUCAUUUUCCCGUGGCUCGCGUUCGGCCACCUGCACCCGUACCUUGAGCUCGCCGAGCGCCUGGCGUCGCGGGGCCACCGCGUGUCCUUCGUCUCCACGCCGCGCAACAUCGCCCGCCUCCCGCCGUUGCGCCCCGCCGCGGCGCCGCGCGUCGACCUCGUGGCGCUAACGCUCCCGCACGUCGACGGUCUCCCCGACGGCGCUGAGUCCACCAACAACGUUGCCAGCGACAAGUUCGUGCUCCUAUUUAAGGCCUUCGACGGCCUCGCCGCGCCCUUCGCGGAGUUCUUGGGCGCCGCGUGCGCUGACGACGGCAGGAGGCCUGACUGGAUCAUCGUCGACAGCUUCCACCACUGGGUCGCCACCGCCGCCGUCGAGCAUAAGGUGCCAUGCGCGAUGCUUCUCCCGACCGCUGCUUUGCUCGCUGCCGUGGCCAGCCGGUCGUCGGAGCCCUCUGUAGAAGAACGACCGGCGGCUGUGCCCCGUUACGAGUUGGAGCAGAUGGCACGGGUACACACCAACCAUUGCGCGCAGGGUAUGUCCAUAGCCCAGCGCUACUCCUUGACACUCGAGAGGUGCACGCUGACGGCCAUGCGGAGCUGCCUCGAGUGGGAGCCCGAGUCCUUCCCGCUGGUGGCGGCAAUCCUCGGCAAGCCGCUUGUCCCCCUCGGCCUUCUACCGCCGUCACCUGACGGAGGCCGUGGCGCCAGCAUGGGCGGAGAGGACGCCACCGUGCGCUGGCUGGACGCGCAGCCGCCGAAGUCGGUCGUGUACAUCGCGCUGGGGAGCGAGGUGCCGCUGCGCAUGGAGCAGGUGCACGAGCUGGCUCUCGGCCUGGAGCUCGCCGGGACACGCUUCCUCUGGGCUCUGAGGAAGCCCGGCGGCGUCCCCGACACGGACAUACUUCCUCCCGGUUUCCAAGAGCGCACCCACGGCCAUGGGUUCGUGACCAUGGGGUGGGUUCCUCAGAUCAGCAUACUGGCGCACGGCGCCGUGGGCGCGUUCUUGACGCACUGCGGGCGGAACUCACUUAUCGAAGGGCUUCUGUUUGGGCACCCUCUGAUCAUGCUGCCGAUCUUCGGGGACCAAGGACCGAAUGCACGCCAAAUGGAGGGGAAGAAGGUAGGAUUGCAGGUGAAAAGAGAUGAGAACGACGGGUCAUUCGACCGCGAUGGCGUCGCGAGCGCAGUCCGAGCAGUCAUGCUGGAGGAAGAAGCCAGGGGGGUCUUUGUAGCAAAUGCCCUCAAGGUGCAAGAGAUUGUAGCCGAUGAGGAACUUCAUGAGAGCAUUAGCAUUAGUAUGGAUGGAAUGGUCUGGUUGGCAGCAAUGCAGUGCGCCGUUUCAGGCCUGUUCUUUUGUUUCUCCAUUAGGUCGAUGUUACCUAUCAGAAUGAAAUAGUACAAUUGUUCUUCCAUACAAUACAGAAAAAGGGCAAAUCUAGCAAGUAAUAAACACAAAUGUAUGAACCAGACAUUUUGAGCUGACCACUAUACGAAUCAAAUCAACAAAGGUACACGCACGGAUAUAUAAGAAUGCACUUCUUGCUUUCCAACAAGAACUAGCAAGUUAGACUAAAGCAGCAGCGACUCAACC